UUGACGCGGCACGUCUCUGUGAAAGCCCUGCCGUCGCCUUGUCGAGUCAUCGCCAGAGAAGAGCAGAGAGCAGACAGAGCCGCCGUCCGAUGGCUUGAAAACGGGGAAUAACUGUGGAUCACAGCGGAUUUAUUGCGCUACACAAGCCAAGAGGAGCAUAACGGCGGUCGUAGGAGCGGACUUAAUGUUGAUACGGAUGAGGAUAUAGCAUCUUUGAGUGAGACUGCUGCCUUAUGACCCGGACACAGACAACAUAGACACAGACAGAAAUAAGUACCAGAGCCGCCGCGACACCAGCGAGCGAACUUGGCUGCUCUACCCGGUGGGAGGUGUUGGUCUGUCGGCUGCGGCUUGUUGCACGUAUACUGCUCAGAGCCACGCUGUUCGGACCCUUUUAGAAGGAUAAGGUUGUAGCCAGUUAUGUUUUUGUAAAUAGCUUCUUUUUCGGGGUUUUCGGCAACCAACUGUGGCUUUAAUGUGACGCACUAUACUGACAUUUGUGCUGUGUCGGAGCGGACCCCCCACUGCAGAGGAGUUACAGGCUUUUAAAUCAAGUUUGUACCUUCAUAAUUCUACGGUGCCGAUACAGCCCACACCAAUGUAAUAGUAACAAGGGGCGAAGCAGAUCAAGCUGGGCCUGGCCAGGCCUACCUAGUCUUCUGUCUGGCCUUACCAGACGGGCCAGCAACCUCUCCAGGGAGUCCUAACUCAACGACGAGUGGGGGCUUCAGCCUGUUCUUACAGAAACUUCACCAGACCACCACAUCAAGCUGUAACGGAUUGGAUUCCAAUCAUACCUUGUUUUAUCAGCCUUUGGGAGGCUAUACUGGUCUGUUAUAUCUCAAGUCCUUCCAUGUCGUGGAUGUCCCUCUCUGGAUGUUGGCAACAGGAUGGAUUCGAGUGUUAAUUUGACGGUUGUCACAUCAUUGCAGUGCUUGCACCCCCCCUCCUUUGACUGGCUUUCGUCCCUUCCCUCCCCAAUCUUUGAGCGAAAGCCCCUGCCGCUCUCUUGGGGCUUCCCUGAGCCCUGUACAGAAGGGACUUGUAGGAACUGUAGAUUGUUUUGUUGAAACAGUUGACAUUGCAAAGAGGAACUAGAGUUACCCAUCCAUUUUCUUUUUUCCAGAGUUUCAUCGGAGGUUGGACAGCUUUUCUUUUGAAAAAUAAAUUCGCUAAUAGAAAUUUGUGCCCGGAUACACACAGUGUACACAUAGAUUGGUCUGAUUAAGUCCUUAUUUAUACACACACAAUUCCUUUUUUGUGGUCUGAGUCUUGGGGAGAAAUGUCUGAAAGCAGCAGCAAAGCGCCGCAGUUAAUUGCCCCUGCCCCCCCUCCUCCCUCUGCCUCUCCCUGUCCAUCACCCCAAACCCCCCUUAAGAAUGUGAAUGGCUCUGCCAGUUCAGACACGCUUGUGGUAGAGAAGCUUAGCGGACACCCUGAGGUCCAACGUCGGCGCCACACAAUGGAUAGAGACUCUAAAAUAGCCGAGCACCGUUUCUUCCGCCGGAGUGUCAUUUGUGACUCCAAUGCCACAGCUUUGGACCUGCCCAGCAAAGCAGCUGUGAUACUCACCUCACCUCCAGACUGUGAAGGGCCUUCCACCUUCUUCUUUCAAGUUCCCUCAGGUCCUGGACCUGGGGUACGAGAUGCUGAAGGCAGAGAGGUCCCAAGAGGUCCUUACCUGCAAACCUCAACCCUUCAGCCUGGUCUUGGCCUUGGUAGGGCAGUUGUGGAGGGGCACAUAGAAAAUGCUGAGGAAGAUUUAGGUGAGGGCAGUAUCACGAUUGCUGUUCCCACAAGUAGUAUUGUUGAAGAACAUAGUGCAGAUGGGGCAGUAAAAGAGUCCAGCCCGACAGUAUUGGAUGUUACCGACAAAACAAUAGGCAAACUGCCUGACGUCACAUUGCGUCCCAGAGGGUCAGAGCACACACAACAGGUGGCAAAAGACGGAAAAGUGAUAGAACAUGCGGACGGGGGUAGCGUUGGUAGUCCGACCGAGGAGAAAGAGAAGGAAACGGAGGAGGAGAAGGAGCUAGCGAAAGCACGGGCAGAGCAGAGGGAGGCCGAGAAACGAGUGCAAGAGGAUAUAGAGGAGGUGGAGACAAAAGCUGUAGGGACUUCCCCAGAUGGGCGCUUCCUGAAAUUUGACAUUGAGAUUGGAAGAGGGUCCUUUAAGACUGUGUACAAGGGACUGGAUACAGAGACUACUGUGGAAGUGGCGUGGUGUGAGCUCCAGGAUCGUAAACUGUCCAAGUCGGAGCGCCAGCGCUUCAAAGAGGAAGCAGGGAUGUUGAAAGGUCUCCAGCAUCCUAACAUUGUCCGCUUCUAUGACUCCUGGGAGGGACCAUGCAAAGGAAAGAAAUGUAUUGUUCUGGUCACAGAGCUCAUGACAUCUGGCACGCUUAAAACAUACCUGAAGCGUUUCAAGGUGAUGAAAAUCAAGGUUCUUCGUUCGUGGUGCAGACAGAUCCUCAAAGGCCUCCACUUCCUGCACACCAGAACCCCGCCCAUCAUUCACAGGGACCUGAAAUGCGACAACAUCUUCAUCACGGGGCCCACGGGCUCGGUGAAGAUAGGGGACCUGGGUUUAGCCACGCUAAAAAGGGCCUCUUUCGCAAAGAGUGUCAUAGGAACCCCAGAGUUUAUGGCCCCAGAGAUGUAUGAGGAGAAGUAUGAUGAAUUAGUAGACGUCUACGCCUUCGGGAUGUGUAUGCUGGAGAUGGCUACCUCAGAGUACCCCUACUCUGAAUGUCAAAACGCUGCCCAGAUCUACAGGCGGGUUACUAGUGGAGUGAAACCUGGCAGUUUUGACAAGGUAGCCAUUCCUGAGGUGAAGGAAAUUAUAGACGGCUGCAUCAGAACAAACAAGGAUGAAAGGUAUGCCAUAAAGAUCCUGUUGAACCAUGCAUUCUUCCAGGAGGACACGGGGGUCAGGGUUGAACUGGCAGAAGAGGAUGAUGAGGAAAUGAUUGCUAUCAAACUCUGGCUCAGGAUAGAAGACGUCAAGAAGCUCAAAGGAAAAUACAAAGACAACGAAGCAAUUGAGUUCUCCUUUGACCUGAACAAGGAUGUCCCUGAAGAUGUGGCCCAGGAAAUGGUUGAGUCUGGUUACGUUGCUGAGGGUGACCAUAAGACCAUGGCCAAGGCUAUCAAGGACCGCGUGUCUCUGAUCCAGCGGAAGAGAGAACAGAGGCAGCUGGUACGAGAAGAACAGGAGAAGAGAAAAUUGGAGACUGAACAACAACAGUUGCAGCAGCAGCAGCAGCAACAACAACAACAACAACAACAACAGCAACAACAACAACAACAGGCAGAGGCAGAGGAGACGGAAGUGGAGCAACAGCAGCUGCACUAUCAGCAGGCCGGCAUCUCACACACAUCUGAAGGAGGUCUGGACAGCGGCCAGGGUUCCUCAGUUUUCUCCUUAGACUCCCCCCACCUGGGUCAGCUGGCCAUGUCGUAUAGCUGCCCCCCUUCUUCCCACCCCUCUUCCCAGCCCCAAACCCCCUACCCCUCCACCCCCUCUGCUAACCUGCAGCAGCACCCAGGCUACGCCCAGCCGCCGCAGCCAAUGUCUGCGUUGCGCCGUCAUCGAAGUCGUAGCAUGUCUGUUUGCGUCCCCCCCUCCUCCUACUCCUUUUCCCAUGCUCCUUCGCCCCUGGCCAUUCCUCCAAAGCAGCCCUCCACCCCUCCUCCAGACCUGUCGUCCUCAUCCUCCUACACCACCACCUCCCAAUGCAUGCCUCUCGCAGCUGAGAGGGAAACAUUUGCCGGGCGCCUCUCGAAGGCCCUGGAGACGGUCCUACCCCUUCACUCUGCCUCCUCUCUGCCCAGGGCCAGGCAGCGGAGGUCCAGCCUACCUGCCCUGUUCUCUACCCCUCAGCAUUCAAUGCCUCACCCCUACAGUGGAGGAGGAAGCACAAGAGGAGGAGGAGCGGGAGGGAGCAUCCCCCUCCAAACUCUCCCAGACCCCCCAACUAUUUUCUUCCCCUCCAUCCCUGAGCGCCCCAUUUCCUUCUCGCCUCCUCCCACUGGGCCUCCAAAGGCCUACAACACCCAGAGACGCAAGAGCACGUCCAUUCUCGAGGCACAUACCCGACACUUCCAGCCUGCCUACACCCGCUAUGGGAGCAGCCUGCAUCCCUUUUCUGGGAUGGAGGGUGUUGAGACCCCUUCUCUCUUCAUGGUGAAUCCUAGUUUUGCAGCAGCUGCUCAAAGACUUGGUGUUGGGGAGGCACUGCAUCUCCCAGGACAAUCUGACCCAAGUUUGUACAGCUUCAAAGAAAUGAGAGCAGAGCACGAGGAAGCAGUGAGGAGAUUAAGUCUAAAUCAAGCUGCCUUAUUGGACCAUUAUGAAGCAAUGGCAUAUGGAGGAUACCCAAUAACUGCACAGCAGCUUGGCCACUUCAGUUUCCAUCAGCAGAGGCAAGCUGCAGCUGCAGCUGCUGGUUUAGGUUUUGAUCCUGUUCCUGCACCUCAAACAGGGUUCUUGCACUCACUCAUCAUGCAAAGAAUGAGUGCACACAGCCCAAUCCCUCCACCCUUGAGUGUGCCCACUGGUGUCUCUUCUUCAUCAUCUGAUGGAUGCUAUCCUCCACCACAGCAUGCUUCCUCUUCCUCUUUCCCUCUUUCUGCACCUCCAGUAAUGGCUGAAGCCCCACCAUCAACAAGUGCUUUUGAAUUCCAUUUAGCUGCAGCCGCUGCCGCUGCCGCUGCUGCUGGAGACCCGAGCCUUCUGGCAUCCAGACUAUAUCGGGCCCGAAGGAGCUCCAUGGACCUCCCUCUAGAGGACAACACUGGAACUGGCUCAGGUGGUUCAGGCACGUACAGCCGUCUCCAGCCAGUGACUGAAGAGCUGUACGCAUAUCUCAGUCCCGAGCUCCCCUUACCUCCAGGAAAUCUUCUUCUUCACCACAUAGGUGUAGCCACAAAAGACAGAAGCCCAGAACCUAAUAGUGACUCUAUGGCCUCUUCUGACGCCGGGGAGUUCCUGUCACCUCCUCCCCCACCUCUCCUCCCUCCCUUUGACUCCUCAGCUGCUCAGUCCAUCCCUCACUCGUCCUCCGCUGCGCUCUACGAUUUAUCCGGAGGGGUGUUCCCCAUAGAUCCCCAGGGACAUCCACCCUCCAUGCAGAGCUUUCUGCCUGCCACUCCAUCCACUGAGCUUGGGGGAGCAUCUUCAACCCAGCUGGAGUCUCUGAUCCAGAGUGCCUGGGCUCGGCAUGGAGGGGUGAUACCAGCCCAACCCGAUAUGACAUACCAUGAGUCAUUGCUGGCCAUGCAGGCUGCUAUCCCCUCUCUGCAGCAGGUUCAGGCUCCCCCCUCCCAAUCCACUCCGGGACCCCCUCUGGUCCCUGUCACCACCCAGCCAGCUCCUCCUGGGACCCCCCAACAGGUUGUUUCAUCCAGUCACAAUAUUACAUCAGUUCAGAGCCCUAUACACACACCUCUGCCGCAGGCGUUAUCACAGUCUUCAGAGCUGUCCCAGUCCCAACUUCAGCCACCUCAAGUUCUCUCAUCUAUAGAGAGUGGCCACUCUGAGACUUCAGGUCUGAGUGACGGCAACGAGGGAGGAGGAGGUCGCCAUGAAGGGCGCUCCACCAAGCGACAUCAGAGACGCUCUGUGCGUAGUCGAUCACGCCAUGAGAAGAUCUCCAAGGCGAAACUCAAUGUCCUCAAUAUCUCCAACCGAGGAGAUAGGGUAGCAGAAUGUCAACUGGAGACCCACAACAGGAAGAUGGUGACUUUCAGGUUUGACCUGGAUGGAGACAACCCUGAAGAGAUAGCCCAGAUCAUGGUCCAGAGCGAGUUCAUCCUAGAGAGUGAGAGGGAAUCAUUCAUUGAGCAGGUCAGAGAGGUGAUAGAGAACGCAGAUGAGAAGGGUCUGGAGAGAGACCCAAACAGCCAGAUGGCAGGUGAUAUGGCGCAGCAGAUUCCUGUUAUAUCUGUCCCCAUGCCAGAUAUCCCUCCCAGUGCAACAGCACAAGUGGUGCAUUCAGCAGGUCGGAGGUUCAUCGUCUGCCCUGUACCUGAAGCCAGGCUGAAGGAACAAAUGUUUCCCACCUCUCCUUCUCCUGCCCGGGCACCUCCUGUUGAAACAGUUCUCCCAGCUUCAGCUCCAGCUCCAUCUCAGACUCCAGGCCAAGGUGUAGCAUUGUCCCAGUCUGCUGGAGUAAUCAGCUUACAACAAGCCUUUUCUGAGCUCCGACAGAACCAGAAUCAGUUUGAUGUCGGACCCAGCACCGCCCCAGCAUCCAUCCACUCCAGCCAUCCUCUUCUGCAGCCUGCAGCGGCUUCUGUGCUUUCACAGGCUAGCACAGUCACUCCUACUGUAGAUCCUACUGUUGGACUUGUCCCUUCUAAUUUAAACCAGGCACAGGAGCAGGUCUUGGAUGCCUCUCCUCCUCCCGCUUCCUCCUCCUCCCCCUCCUCUAUGCCCUCUGCCAAUCUCAGCCCUCCUUGUUCCUCCUCCCCGCCUCCUGCUGUGGUGAAUCAGUCCAUCCUUCAGUCACAGCUACUUUCACAGCCGGGGAUACAGCCUGUGUCCCAACCCCAGGGACCGGUGCAGGUCCAGGGGCAAGCACAAAUUGCGCCCCAGGCUUUUAGCCAGCCUCAGCCUCAAACUGUCUCUGCUGUCAUUGCUACUUCAGUACUCUCCACUUUACCACCUGCUAGCAUCUCCAGCAUCCCCCCAACAAUGCUCACCUCCCCACCUCCCGCCCAGACUCUUCCUCUUGUAUCCUCCCCUCCCUCCUCUACUCUUUCAGCCAGUGAAGUCUCCUCUGAUCAUCCGUCAGUCUCUCCCACCUCCUCCUUUACUGCUUCUCUCUCCUCCUCUGUCAUCCCGACCACUGCCAUCCCAGGCCCCCAGCUUGCUCCCUCUGCUGCUGCCUUCCACUCCACCCCCCCUUCCUCCUCCUCCUCCUUCGCUGUGGGGCUCUUGCCAGUUACCACCAAUGUUCCUUCAGUCCAACCAACCUUGGUCCACUCCCAGCCGCAGACGGCAGCCCUGCCUGGGCAGACACACACACACUGUGGGGAAUGUGAUGCAAGGUGUGAGGCAUUCAGUGAGUCCCAAGGCAAACCGGACGACAUCCAAGCUCUGGAGAAGAAGCUGCGGUCUCUCUUCAUGGAUCUCGGUGGAGGGGUGCCAUCCGCCGGGGGAGACAUCUUAGCUGCUGACCCUGCCUCUGGAGUCCCCGUGGCAGGUACUUCUUCUCCACUGGGACCCUGCUCUACCUCCAGUACAUUUGUCACCACACCUGGCCCCAGCCAGCCAGCCAAUCCUCCUCAGCCCCCCACUAGCCUUUCACUGGGGUCACCUGCUCCAAUCCAGGGCCCAGGAACACCUAUCUCCAACCCUGCACCGAUUGUUUCUACGGUCAUCUCUGCAUCGUCCUUUGGCCAGACUACUCCAUCCAAACCCCCUUUAUCCAGGGCACUGGCCAGUUCUCCUCCUUCAGAACUCCUGCCAUGCUUCCCUGGACCUUGUCUAAUACAGUCCCAGCAGCCUCUGGAGGACCUGGAUGCUCAGUUGAGGAGAGCACUGAGCCCAGAGACCGUUCCUGUCUGCACCCACACACAGGCCUCUCACAGUGGCAUAUCUUCAACGGGACAACCAAUUCCCUUCUCUCUAGAGGAAGCAUCUGGGUCCUCUUCUGACCCUCCUCAUCCUUCAGGUGGAAUUAAACUGGGAAGAUUUCAGGUCUCAUUGGCUACUGAGGCGCCUCCUGUUCAACACCCAGCCUGCACCGAGUCUUCCUCCACCUCCUCCUCCUCAUCUUCUUCUUCCUCGUCCUCCUCCAGUCUCUCCAGCCCGGAGAAUACACUGCACAAGGACUCCUCGUUUCCUCUGAGAGGGGGAGGAGGACAAGGAGGAGAUGUUGUGGACGGGCUCCCCCAACGGACUCUGGUAGGGUCCCACCACCCCUCCCCCCUCACUUCACCGUGCCCCUCUCCUAAGCCCACCACUACCAUUGGACGCUUCCAGGUUACCAUCAACCCAGAGGCCCGUGUUGGUAGAUUCUCAGUCAGUCGUACCCUGGAGCAGAGCCUCGAGUCCAGGCAGACCCCUCUGCCUGCUGCUCAUGCUGCUAACGGACCCAGUAAUCAUGGGCAGCUUUUGAGUCCAGACUCUACUCAUAAAGCCUCUCUGCCCAAUCUAAACACCAACUCCUUCAAUAACUCCUACAUCAGUAGUGACAACGACUCCGAAUUUGAGGAUGAAGACUUCAAACAGGAAGUCAGCCACCUUAGAGAAAAGCACAUGCGUGAGAUUCAGGCCCUGCACUUCCGCCAGAAGGAGGAAAUAGAUUGUCUCUUUACCAGGCUGGGAAAGGUUCCUCCAGCUGCAGUGCUCCCUCCAGUUAUAGGCUUGACUGGCAGGAGGAGACGACCUACUAAAAGCAAAUCCUCCAAAUCGUCCAGAACAAGCUCCACGCACAGCAGCAAGAGUCCGUUACAGCCAGAAACAAUGUCUCAGUCACUGAAGAUAACCCACCUUUGCUGUUGUGUGUGUGUGUGUGUGUGUGUGUGUGUGUGUGUGUGUGUGUGUGUGUGUGUGUGUCUCUCUCUCUCUUUGGUCUCUGCGGUGUGUCGUCCCUGCCCUGUCCUCUCCUGCCUAUGCCUUGUGCUAUCUCCAGGCAGCACUUUAUCAGCCCAGAGCGUCCCCACCAUGUACCCCGGCCAGCUGGCUCUGUUAGCCCCCGGAGGAUUAGCUGAUUCGGGCAGCAGUACUCUGCUCCAGCCUCUCAAACCCUCUUCCUCCAGCAACAACCUAUGCUCGGCCUACACCAGCGAGGCGGCGCUCUCUGUGCCCAGCCUGUGUGCUCCCACCCCAGGGACUAAUAGCACCAAUGCAGUGAGCGGUUCAGGUGGUUUGGGUCAGAGCCAGGGUGGUUCUCAGUGUCUGCCCCCCAACAUAUCAGCCCCCCACCAGAGAAAAGGAACUUUCACCGAUGACCUCCAUAAACUGGUGGACAACUGGGCCAGAGAUGCCAUGAACCUCUCACAGGGGAAGAAGAGUGCCAAACAGCUGCAGCAGCCCCCAAUACAGAGACAUAGCUACGAGGUUAUCCAGUCAGCCAGUCUGGGCAGGAAGUACUCGGCUCCCAGCCAGCUGUGUCCCAGCAGCAUUGGAGGUUCAGCCCACCUCCUUACCAACUCCACCACUGCUACCUCUCUGGCCGCCCGCAAGGGCUCCCUAUGCCACCCACCUGCUUCCUCCACUUCACCUCAACCCCAACCUUCCCAGUUCAUCCACUACACCCCCACCGCCGCCUACAGUGCACAAUGGUCCGGUCCGGCUCACGGUCUAUCAACCCCACACCAGGCUCCAGCACAGCCUGGGCCUCUACUGGUCAGCACCUCCCAGCCCCUGGGCCCCUACCCCACAACGGUUGGUGGACAGGGGCAGAUUCCAGGGCAAGAGCCACUCCAGGCUUUCCAUCUGACCAACUCUCUCCAGAAGUCGAUCAGCAACCCAGGAGGACCUAACCUGAGGACCACGUAGGGCUGGGGGUGAGGGCUGGUCACAGCCCUACUGGACUGAACUGGGCUGGACUGGUGUGGAACAGAGUGUUACAGGCUUGCGUGGGGAGCGAGGAGUUUGAAAUGACAGAAGCUGACCUGUUCAAGAGGAGAAAGGAAAAAAGGAAAUGAAGAGGAGCAAAAGAAAUCAGGAAUGCGAUGUGGUCACAUCUCCAGUUUGUGUGAUGCAUCUCGCCUCUGCAUCCAUCUGUGUGUGAGUGAGAAGCUGUCACAGACACGAAUGCAGUCACACAAUUUCCCUUUCUGCUGUGUUUGACUGUGGGCUUCUGACAGCCAGCCAGAUGCUUAAGGAUCAAGGAAAAGACUCAUGAGUGCAAUGUGAAAAGGCCAAAGAGGUUGUGACAGGGUUCCGAAUUGGUGUUAGUAACUGUUUGUGUGUAAGGUAUUGUUAAGGUAUUGGGGUAUUGUUUAUGUGCACUUAUGGCUCGGCCACCAUUGUUCCAUUUUCAUUCUAAAUUGAGUGUACACGUCUUUACAAGUCAGGUCACAAAAUCACCCUAGUGAGACAGCAGUGGGGAGAUAUUACAUCAUUGUAAGGGGAAGGAAUGUGGUGGCCAGCUUUAACCAAACCAACUGUUUGUCCACACAGCACCUCUUAAUAACUUCUAAUAAUAUAAUUGCUUACAAUAUUUGACAAAUUUAGCUCACAUACUGAGUUUUAAAUAAUCUUAUGCUCUUUUCCAAAUUUAGUACAGAAAAGACAUUGUCACUCUAUAAAGAGGUAACUGGUGGAUACAGAGGGGAGCAUGGCUGGCCAUCACAUUAAGGUUGUCUUUCAACAUCAAACGAUGCACAAGAGGCUAUAUUACGCUGAAAUCAAGCAGUGGUUGUGUUUCUGCCAGCAAAGCAUUCCUUCAAUGUGUACUCAAAAGAAAGCUUUGAUAUCAGGUGAGAGCAGACUGGAGCGAUGUUUAGAACAGGAUAUUAAAUUCAGGAAGUGUUUUUCUCAGAAUUUGGAAAUUGUUCUCAAUUUAAAGCACAAAAAAAUUAAAAAAAUAAAGAACCAAUCAAAUGCACAUUUGAGAAUUUGACCGCCUGGAGCUGAGCUGAUCUCAAGCCUGGUUUAGAGUAGGUACAGUCCAGCACUUGGUGGGGUUUUAACUCGUCAGCUUGCGAAAGAUAUCGUGACAGCUACUCUGUUACCUUCUGUGUCUUGUUCCUCCCUUGUUCUGACAAACCAUUCAAACAGUUGGAGAGAGAUGGAGGAAAGAAAGUGAAUAAAGAGGGAGAGCAGAGAGCAUUAAAUAACCAUCAAACACCUCGUCUGUUUCCUGUUCCACUGCUUACUUCAGGAACAUACUGGCUGUGCGCACCAUAACUAAAGUACUGAAUGCACAGGACAGAUGCCUCUGCACACCAAGCACCUCUUCAACAUCAUGACUCCACCUCUUCCUCCAUCCCUCUCUGGGCCUCUCUGUUGCCAUUUGAAGCAAUAACAGCAGAAACCUUUUAGAGAAAAGGAAAAAAAAAAGCCCAAACAAGAGAACUCAGUGUGAAAAAGUGGCCUUGUUAUCAUAAUAAUAUCAGUCCAUCUACAGUUUGUGUCUCUGUUUAUUGUUUAGAAUGUCAGCCAUGAUGAUUCCAUUUUGUUGUUUUAUUUUGGUUGUGUUUUGUUGGGUUUGUUUUGCUUGCUGCCCCCAGCUAGCAAUCUGACACACACACACACACACACACGAUGCUUGAUACAUUCAUAUAAAUACACACACCUGCAUACACACACACAGUCAUGCACAGACUCAUGUAAAUACACACACGUUGUUGGAGGCGUAGCAGCCGUUAAACAGACAGAUUCACGGACUAAUGCCUCAGUUCUUAGUGUUAUUCAUCAUUAGGUUGGUUUUCAACAUUUUUUGUUGAAGUGAUUUCAAUGUCUAUUGUUGUCAUAAUUAUUGUUGUUAAUGAUUAUUAUUCUAUUUAAAAAGAAACAAAAAAGGUAUUCUUUCAAUGGACCUGUUAUACGUGCACAUCUGUGUAUGAUGUGGAAACACUGUGAUUAUUGUUUAUUAUUAGCAAAUGUUGUUGGACAACAUUAGUUUUAGGGUAAAAUAUCACAAAUUAAACAAAAAGCAUACAGAGAACGGUUUGGGGUCGUUUCACUUUCAAUUCACUGCUUUCAGCUGAUGGAUUCUCUUCAAAAAGCAAAAAUUGAGAACGCCUCUUUUCAAUAAUCAUCCUCACAUCCAGUUACUGAGGACGCAAUCCGAAACAAAUGCCUUACCGACAACUUAUCAACUGCAGUUUCAGUUCCUUUUUUAUAACUGAUUGAAUUGAAAGUCGAAACUGACCUCCAAGCCUGAUAGACCGACCGGAGUGAACGGCAGGAUAGUUGAUAUUUAGAUAAUAAAGUAAUGCUAGCUAUUUUGUUUUCUUAAUACAGUACUUAUAUAUCAGACACUUUAAAUAGCCCUCCUCUUCCCUUUCUCCCUGUUUUUGUUAGAUGAAUGUGAAUGUAUAAACCAAUGGUGUCCAUUUUAAUGUACUUGAAAGAAAAAGUCUGUCUUUUAUUUUUGCUUUAUUUCGCUUCCCCUGACAUCCUAGAGCCUCCGGUGAACACUGGAGGUACUUUAAUAGUGCCUUGCAUCCUUCCUGUUGCUUGUUCCAUUGGGGGUUGAGGACUUUGGGGAGGGGGGGGGUCACUUUUGAAGUCAGUGGUGAUGAUUGGACCUGGUGUUAGUGGAGCAGGCAUGCAGUAGAUGGGUGGAGAUGCAGUAAUAAUGGCUGUUGACUGUGUGUGCUGCAGCUGGUUUGUGGUUAAUUCUCUUUGAUUUCAACUAAUUGAGUUGUUUCCCCAAAAAGCAAGAAAGUUUUCCAACAUAGCUCUUUGAUAGGAAGAAGAAUUGAAUUGAAGUCA